GCACAGACGCACACGUCCUCUCCCCACACGCAGCUGGAGCUGGAGCUGUUGGGAAGCUCCACAUUGUUCCAUUUGUUCAAUCAUGCCGCCCUGAGCUUUUUGAUUUUUCGCUUUGUUCCUUUUCUGUUGUCUACUUCAAUCAUUUGGCGUUUGGUCGUUCAUCUCGUCAUGUCCAUGUUCCGCUACAACCUUUUUCGUGGACUCCCGCGUUCGCUCCCACAUCGGCUCGUGGUUCCAAAUGUGCAGUUUCGCCGCUCCCUGGGCAGCGUAAGCGCCAUCGACUCUGCUAUUUUCCGGACGUUGUUCGGCACAGAGGAGAUCCGCAAAGUGUUCGACGACAGAGCCUACCUCAACCGAUGCGUGGACGCUGAAGCUGCUCUGGCACGAGCUCAGUCCCGCUGCAAUGUCAUCCCCGCUCAUAUUGGCGAAGUUGUCACCUCAAAAGCAGCCCAGGCCGAAUUGGACUUCGACAGAUUGCGACGGGAAACCGAAAUCGUGGGCUAUCCCAUUCUCCCACUGGUACGGCAGCUUUCUGCCAUGGUUGGCGAAGAGGCGGGCCGAUAUGUGCAUUGGGGUGCUACAACGCAAGACAUCAUGGAUCUGGCUAGCAUGCUGCAGAUGAAGGAGGGACUCGAGAUUGUGGAACGGACUCUUCGCUCUGUCAUCAAGAACCUUGAGCAUCUCUCUAGGAAGCACCGAGAUACACCAAUGGCCGGCCGAACGCACUUGCAGCACGCAUUGCCCAUCACCUUCGGCCACAAGACCGCGGUGUGGCUUUCCGGCUUCCAGCGUCACCUUGAAAGGCUCGAGCAGUUGAAGAAGCGUGCGCUUAUGGUGCAAUUCGGCGGCGCAGCUGGUUCUUUGGCCUCGCUGGGGUCAGGCGACGACGGCAUUCGGGUUCGCAAAGCAAUGGCGGAGGACCUUGGACUGGCCAAUCCUCCCAUUACAUGGCACGUGGCAAGGGAUGGAGUGGCUGAAAUCACCAAUUUCCUUGCACUGGUUGGCGGCAGCCUUGGGAAAUUGGCACUCGAUAUCAUCAUCAUGUCGUCGAACGAGCUUUCAGAGGUAUCAGAGCCUUUCGUGCCUCACCGCGGAGCAUCAUCCACAAUGCCUCAGAAGCGAAACCCGAUAUCCAGCGAAGUAAUCUUGGCCGCUUCGAAGAUUCUUCGCUCAAACGCAGGCUUAGUACUCGAUGGAAUGGUGUCAGACUUUGAACGAGCUUCUGGUCCAUGGCAUUUAGAAUGGGUUGCCGUUCCAGAGAGCUUCGUCAUUGCGGUCGGCGCUCUCUAUCAAGCAGACUUCGCCCUUUCUGGCCUAGUUGUAAACCCGAAACAGAUGCUCGAUAAUUUGUAUUCGACGAGGGGCCUUAUCGUUGCGGAGGCGGUCAUGAUGGGGCUUGCUCCCCAUGUAGGACGACAGAGAGCUCAUGACAUUGUGUAUGAAGCAUGCAAGGCCAGCAUUGAGGGAAACACGAGCUUGUUGGAGGCAUUGCAGCAACGGCCCGAGGUAACUGAGAAGAUCUCCAGCCACGCUCUGAGUGAGUUGUGUGACGCGAAGAAUUACUUGGGCUCAUGUGGGUUGAUGGUAGAUGAAGUUCUCGCAUCAUCAAGAUAGCCAGGCCCAUCAAUUAGUUGUAUUCCUUCAAGCGCUUCGUGUAUUCUCCUUUUUGUUCAUUAGGUGCUAAGGGUUAUGCCGUCCACAGGAGUUUUGAGACUGCUAGACUUCAUCCAAUACGGUGGACUAUUACCAGAUAUCCUGCAAAAAUUAAAAUUUACUAAGGACAUUUGAAGCCCCG